AUGUCAACGACGAGAUCGUCGCCGCCACGUAUUAUUCCCCAUCGAUCCUAUACCCUUCCACUCAUAACGCCGCUCUCCUCGCAGGUCGGUGGGCACGCAGCGCUGCAAACAACAGAGGCGGGUUCGCUGCUCCUCAAACUAGCCCUCCAUCCUACACAAUUGGCGUUCUACCAGCUCGUUCGCGAUGGCGUAUCGCUAGACAUCGACGCCACGACGAGCGAACAAGUUGGACGCCACGGAUUCGGCGAUGAGGUUCAAAGUAUUAUGCGCUUUAAAUUGCUUCCAGAGUUCAUUUUUAAAGGCACCGGAGCCCACGGCAUAUUUGGCUUCAACGAAGCCGUGGAGGAAACCGCCGAGCUUGUAAAGUUCGCAAGUAUCGAUGGCGUCGCUAGAGUGAGACAGCACCCUAAUGCUGAGAAACCUCUUCCUCGAUUCGCGAAGGUGAUGAAGGCUGACAGCAUGACUUCUUCGCGGUCACAGUACGUCACGGCGGGAUACUCUCAAACCGAGAUUGAUGAGCUGUAUGGAGAAGUGUGCAUCGUUGCGAGCUCGGACAAGCCAACAAAGCGGGUCGUCUGCAAGGUGGAUAAUGUGGAAGUCUAUACCUAG